CUAUUUCUCUGAUGCCAAUAAAAUUGCAGAUGGAUACCCAGAGAACCAGUAAAGUUGCUUUAUAUAUACUAGCUCAACCUACAUUAAUAUUCACAAGUUUUCUCUAGCCAUUCUUACCAGAGAGAGACAGAGAGAAUGGAAGAGGCAAACAACAUUUGCAUGGAUAAAAGAUGGUCUCUUCAAGAAAUGAGUGCUCUUGUUACUGGUGGAACCAAAGGGCUAGGGUAUGCGAUUGUGGAAGAAUUAGCAGGCUUAGGAGCAAGCAUCCAUACAUGCUCAAGGAAUGAAGCUGAACUUAACAGUUGUUUACAUGUUUGGAAGGCCAAAGGAUUUCAAGUUACAGGUUCAGUCUGCGAUGUAUCCUCUCCUGCUGAAAGAGAGAAACUAAUAGAGACCGUCUCCUCUCAGUUUGACGGAAAACUCAAUAUCCUCAUAAAUAAUGUAGGAACGAAUAUAUACCAGCCCACUUUGGAAAAUACAAGAGAAGAUUACUCAUUUAUAAUGAGCACAAAUCUUGAAUCGGCUUAUCACUUGACUCAGCUUGCACAUCCUCUUCUUAAAAGUUCUGGAGCAGGAAGCAUCAUCUUUAUGUCUUCUGUCGCUGGCGUAGUCUCGGUGUCUUUUUGGUCUAUCUAUGGAGCAACCAAAGGAGCAAUGGUUCAGCUAACAAAGAACCUGGCAUGCGAAUGGGCAAAAGACAAUAUAAGGACUAACUGUGUUGCACCUUGGUUCAUCGCUACCCCACUUACUGAACCUUGCUUGAGUGAUGACAGGUUUUCAGAGGCUGUAAGAGCUCGAACCCCAAUGGGAAGAACAGGAGAACCGAAAGAGGUUUCUGCAUUGGUAGCAUUCUUAUGCCUACCAGCAGCAUCUUACAUAACAGGCCAGACUAUUUGUGUUGAUGGAGGAUUCACUGUUAAUGGCUUCUCCUUCCCCUGAACAUUAUGAUGAAAGAGACUUCUACGCCAUGUUUAUUAUGGCUGGUGUGAAUCUAGCUACCACUGCCACAAACUAAACUCUCCUGGUUUGAGUAUUGAAUAAAGGGCAAUGACAAGCCAAUAAUUCAGUCGACUGUUGUAAUGACUGAUUAAAUAUUAAAACUAUGAACAGCAUUGUAUCAUUGUGUAUGUUUCUGUUUAUUUUUUGUCAGAUAUUAUAUAAUUAUUUCAUUUUUCAA